UGUAAGUCGUGAUGUGAUUGUGAGCGGAUCGCAUCUCUAAGCAGCAGCAGCGGCAGCGGCAACAGCGUGGCGCUCCCUCGCGCUUCUCGUUCGCCCGGUAGCUGUGAUAUACAGAAAUAACCCAAGAACAGGCAACCUGUUUGUCAAUGCAUCGGGUCCCAAUUAAGACGGGCUACUGGUCGGAGGAUUAAUGUGCUUUUUUGUCUAGCCGUUGCAUCCUAGGGCUGGUGAAGACAUGUCGGUGGAUAUUGCAGGACUGCGAUCAAGCGUGCUGGUUUAAUUAUUCUGCGGGAGCUACUUUUAACGUACCCGAACAGAAGCUAUCCUGUGUUUUUGGUUUCCGUCUGUAUUGCAGCCAAACCUGCCUAAAUCAGUUCGUUAGUCUAAGCCGUUGCAUCCUGGUUGUUUUUUUAUACAACGAACCGGAAUGAAUACCGAUUCUGGAUCGUAAUCUGUCGCAGUUUGCCUUUUUUAAAAGAAUCUAUUUUUGUAUUUGCCACACCACCUUCAGAACCGUCACCAAUAAGCGCGGACGCGGUGUGGUUUGUCGCUGGAUCUGAGUUCUGUCUGACCACCACUCUUGCCUCGGGGACGGACUUGCCGCUAUCGAGCUGGAUAUGGUGACAUUAACGUAAAGAUGGAUUUAGUUUUCGGUGUCUCGUGGCUUCUUACGGUGUUUCUGGAGGGCAUUCAUUGCCAAGGAGUAUAUGCUCCCCCUUCUGUCCGGAUUGUGCACUCGGGCCAUGCGUGCAAUGUCGAGGAAGAGAGGUACACUGAGAGGGUCUACACCAUCAGGGAGGGGGAGACGCUGGAGCUCACAUGUCUGGUCACUGGCCACCCGCACCCCCAGAUCCGCUGGACCAAGACGGCGGGCAGCGCCUCGGACCGCUUCCAGGACUCCACUGUGUUCAAUGAGACGCUGCGUAUCCCCAACAUCCAGCGCCACCAGGGGGGCCGCUACUACUGCAAGGCAGAGAAUGGCCUGGGCUCACCCGCCAUCAAAUCCAUUCGGGUCGACGUGUACUACUUGGACGACCCUGUGGUGACCGUGCACCAGAGUAUCGGCGAGGCCAAGGAGCAGUUCUACUACGAGCGGACCGUGUUCCUGCGGUGCAUGGCCAACUCCAACCCUCCAGUCCGCUACAGCUGGCGGCGCGGGCACGAGGUCCUCUCCCAGGGCUCCGACAAGGGUGUGGAGAUCUAUGAGCCCUUCUUCACACAGGGGGAGACUAAAAUCCUGAAGCUGAAGAACCUCCGGCCCCAGGAUUACGCCAACUACAGCUGCAUCGCCUCGGUGCGGAGCGUGUGUGGCAUCGAGGACAAGAAUGUCCACUUCAGGCUCACCAACAAGACAGCGUCGCCUACCAUCAAGCUGCUGGUGGAGGACCCCAUAGUGGUGAACCCGGGCCAGACGGUGACGCUGGUGUGCAUAACGUCUGGCGGCGAGCCCCCGCCCACCCUCACCUGGGUCUCCAGCAAUGAGACGCUGCCGGAGAAGAGCGUCCUCAAUGGCGGCACCCUCACCCUGCCUGCCGUCACCGCGGAGGAUGCCGGCGUCUAUAGCUGCUUGGCCAACAACAACGUGGGCAACCCUGCCAAGAAGUCCACCACCAUCAUUGUCAGAGCGCUGAAAAAGGGCCGUUUCUGGAUCACCCCGGACCCAUACCACAACGAUGACAACAUCCAGAUUGGGCGGGAGGUCAAGAUCUCGUGCCAGGUGGAGGCCACGCCCCCCGAGGAGCUGGUGUUCAGCUGGCUGAAGAACGGCCGCCCACUGCGCAGCUCCGAGCGGAUGGUCAUCACCCAGACCGACCCAGACGUGUCCGCCGGCACCACCAACCUUGACAUCAUUGACCUUAAGUUCACCGACUUUGGCACAUACACCUGCAUCGCGGCCUUGAAGGGCGGGGGCAUCCCGGAGAUCAGCAUCGACGUCAACAUCUCCUCCACCACUGUCCCUCCUCUGUUUUUCUCCUUCUUAGUUCCCCCGAACCUGACAGUCCCCCGAGGCAAGUCCCCCCUGGUGGCCCAGGAGGGCGACACGGUGGAGCUUCAGUGCCUUGUUUCAGGGAAGCCCAAGCCCAUCAUCCUGUGGUCUCGCGCCGACAAGGAGGCACCCAUGCCAGAUGGCAGCAUGCAGACGGAGAGCUACGACGGCAUCCUGCGCAUUGUCAACGUCUCGCGGGAGAUGACCGGCUCCUACCGCUGCCAGACCAGCCAGUACAACGGCUUCAACGUCAAGCCGCGUGAGGCCAUUGUGGAGCUGAUCGUGCAGUAUCCCCCCACAGUGGAGCCGGUGUUCACCGAAAUCCGCCAGGGCCUGGCGCGCACCUUCACCAUGAACUGCAGAGUGCUGCGGGCCCACCCGUCCCGUGUGCUGAGGUAUGAGUGGAGGCUGGGUUCCCGGCUGCUACGGACGGGGCAGUUUGACCUACAGGACGAGACCGAGUACGUGAUCAGGAGCCUGAACCGCGAUGGCUACGGGGAGUACACCUGUGACAUCAUCAACGAGGCUGGGGUGGGACGCUGCAGCUUCCUGGUCACAGGGAAGGCCUACACUCCUGAGUUCUACUACGACACAUACAGCCCCCUCUGGCAGAACCGGCCCCGUUUCUAUGGCUACAAGCUGCAGUGGACCCAGAUGAACCCAGGCGCGGUGGAUCGCAUCGUGGCCUACCGCCUGGGCAUCCGGCAGACGGGGCAGCAGAGGUGGUGGGAGCAGGAGAUUCCUGUUGAGGGACUGAUCCAGCCAGGGGAGCUGAUCACCUACAACCUGACCGAACUGAUCAAGCCUGAGGCCUACGAGGUGCGCCUCACCCCCAUCACCCGGUUCGGGGAGGGCGACUCUACCGUCAGGAUGAUCAAGUACAGCACUCCUGUCAACCCACAUCUAAGGGAGUUCCACUGCAGCUUUGAGGAGGAGCCUAUCUGCAUGUUCACCCAGGAGAAGAGUGACGACUUCGACUGGACCCGGCACAGCGCCGCCACCAGGGACACCAAGUACACACCCAACACUGGGCCCAGCAGCGACCGCAGUGGGUCUAAGCAGGGGUUCUACAUGUACAUCGAGACGUCGAGACCCCGUCUGGAGGGCGACCAGGCACGACUGCUGAGCCCCACUUUCAACGUGGCCCCAAAAAGCCCGUACGGGACAACCGGCCCCGCCUACUGCUUCAGUUUCUACUACCACAUGUAUGGCAAGCACAUCGGGACGCUGAACACAUUUCUGAGGCAGAAGGGUCAGACCACACCCGAGAGCCCAGUGUGGUCCCUCAGCGGUAACCAAGGAGAGCGCUGGCGGCAGGCCAAAGUCAGCAUCCACCCCACAUCCUCCUUUCAGAUGGUGUUUGAAGGUAUUCGUGGACCGGGGAUUGAGGGGGACAUCGCUAUCGAUGAUGUCACCCUUGAGGAGGGGGAAUGUCGAGACCCUCCACCAAACAAUCUGAGGUCCUUGGCUCCUCCCCCAGAAUCCCAUAUAUGGCGGCUAUGCGUCACCCUGCCUCUGGCCCUUUUCAGCCGGCGAAGGUGACCUCACUCCUCAGCAGAGGAAAUGGAACGAUCCACCCGGCACUGGCACCAUGCAGAAGUGGGCACACUCGGACCUUCAACGUGUAAAAUUACCAAAGAUUCCAGCAGCCGAAACCGCCGAGAGGGUCGCAGUAGCUCCGGGGCUCUAGACAGAACAAAACCACACGAGACGAG